AGUCAGCCCGGAAUUCUCCAAAUUGGAAAACCAUUGGCACAUUUCAGGAGCACCAUGAAGGACGGUAUUGCCAACAACAGCACGGCCAGCAUCUCCCAAGCCAGGAAAGCUGUGGAGCAGCUAAAGAUGGAGGCCUGCAUGGAUAGGAUAAAGGUCUCCAAAGCGGCUGCAGACCUGAUGGCGUACUGCGACGCCCACAUACGCGAGGACCCUCUCAUCAUGCCCGUCCCCGCCUCCGAGAACCCUUUCCGGGAGAAGAAGUUCUUCUGCACCAUCCUCUGAUGACCUGCUGGUCGAGCUGUAUGGGUGCAGGCAUGGCGUUGCCUGUCUUCUCUGUCUUCACCACACCUGAAGCUACUGACCAUAUGCGUUGAGUUUUGCCAGGUGGACACUCUGUUGUUGGUCAGCUCUGUCUUGGUGGCUGAAGGUUUUGGGGGAGUCAACUACCAAACUGGCAACCCAAUGAGCGUAUCAUGUCUUGUUAAAUAGGUUUGUUAUUGCUUUGUUAUUAGAGAACAGCCUUGCUCAGUGCUUAAUGAGAUGAGAGAUGUUUUUUUUAUUUAUUAUUGUGCUAGAUCUUAACAUGCCUGAGGAAACAGAAAUUUGCCCAGUGUCGACGACGUUUCUAAAUAUUUAUAUCCCUUCCCUUUACCUGAAUAAAUAAAGCAUUCACACUUGUAUUAUCUUGAACAUAACUUGAGUUAGUCUGUAUUGCUUUCAGUGCACAGGUUUGACUAUUUGUAGCGAAAUAUUAUU